UUUUAAAACACGUGAAUAAUACGCGAGUACUGCGCAUGAGCGUUGAAGAAGAGGACUACAUGUCCCAUCAUGCUGUACGGUGGGUAAAUGUAAGGAACAAAGUCUAUUACGGGACAACAGAGAGCACUUCGUAAAUACAACACUAUGUCUGAGCCUUCCAGCCUUAACCAGCCCCCGGAGGAUAUGGAGAUGGAUGACUGUCUGUCCUCCUACACCUACCUGUACAGUCCCACCCUGCUGAAGGACAGGGUGGCGUUUAUCACUGGAGGCGGAUCUGGAAUAGGAUUUCGUAUUGCUGAAAUAUUCAUGAGACACGGCUGUGACACUGUCAUCGUCAGCAGGAACCAGCAGAGAGUGACUGAGGCAGCUGAGAAGCUUCAAGCAGCCACAGGCCGGCGCUGUUUGGCGUUGGUAGCUGAUGUGCGCCAACCCCAGACUCUGGCUGCAGCAGUGGACGAGGCACUAAACCUAUUCAACCGGGUGGACAUCCUGGUGAACAAUGCAGCUGGGAAUUUCCUCUGUCCAGCCAGUGCUCUGUCUUUUAACGCCUUUAAGACUGUACUUGAUAUAGACACGACGGGUACAUUUAAUGCCAGCAAGAUAUUGUUUGAGAAAUUCUUCCGGGAUCAUGGUGGAGUCAUUGUGAAUAUCACUGCUACACUAGCGUACAAAGGACAGGUCCUGCAGGUGCACGCGGGCAGUGCCAAGGCAGCUAUAGAUGCUAUGACCAAGCACUUGGCAGUGGAGUGGGGUCCCAGCAGAGUCCGAGUGAACGGUUUGGCCCCAGGACCUAUAUCUGGCACUGAGGGAAUGCGCAGACUAGGGGGUGCUGCUGCAGAGGCUGCUGGGUUAUAUUCCUCUAUCCCCCUACAGCGAGCAGGAAAUAAGACUGAGAUUGCGCACGGAGCUCUCUUCCUGGCCAGCCCCAUCUCCUCCUAUGUGACCGGGUCCAUCCUGGUAAUGGAUGGCGGUUCCUGGCUGACGUCACCCAAUCAUCUGACAGCAUCGCUGGGUACCGCCCCUUCUCAUCUUUAGAUCUUUGGGCUUCUGAGAAGAAGAAAGAAAAAUAAUGAAAUGAUGUCAUUGUCUGAUCAAUUAGGGACAAAUCUGAUCUCCCCUCGCCCCACUCUUGAAUCUGUACAUUCCCAGUUUACGGAAUCGGUCACAUAUAGUACUGGCCUGUGCAGGGAUAAGUAUAGGUGUUUGCUGGUGAUAAAGCUACAUUUAUAGCACACAUCAGCACUCUUGGCUUAUUUCAUGAAACCCUUAUUAUUAAGAAUAAGCUUAUUUUGACCUGCACAGCUCACACUCGGUCUCAGCACUGAGCAGAUCUGGAUUCUGUCUACGCAGAGCUCAGCCAGAGGUUCUGAUAAUCUAGACCAGUAGAUCAUUACAAACAGCCUCUUAAAGAAGGGGAGCAGCCUCUUUCCUACCUGAAGGUUUGAACAAAGUCAGGUUUAUUCUAAAGACCACAUGCGGUGAGCAUAAGCAAUUUUUGUGAAUAAAUAAUUUAUACUAAAA